CUUGACGUAAAAGGUCUGAUCAACGAGAUCCGGCCACAUCAUUGAAACAAGUUCCCAAUCGGGAAACAUCUUGUGAUUCUUGUCUAGUUUCCUUUCGACUAGUUUAAGGCUGUAAGAAAAAUGACUCAGCAGUUUGCUAGUGUUGAAGAAUCGUUGAAGAAACAUCUGCCUGAGGAGGAUAGAAAAGAAGUUUUUAGAAUUCUUUAUGGCCGUGAACUUGAGGAAUUGGAUUUGCCGGUAGCUGCUGCUGUUCCUUUGAAUUUAGAAUUGAAAGGUUACAGCUUCACUGCUGAGACUGAAAAUUUGAGGCCAGCUCGACGCGUACGUGUAGGAUUGAUUCAAAAUUCGAUCGUACUCCCUACAACCGACCCCGUGUCCGCUCAACGAGAUGCACUACUCGCGAAAAUCGGACAAAUAAUUGGUGUCGCUCACCAAAGUGGUGUCAACAUCGUCUGCAUGCAAGAGGCUUGGAACAUGCCUUUCGCUUUCUGCACGCGAGAAAAACACCCGUGGUGUGAAUUUGCCGAGUCGGCUGAGAAAGGACCUACGACCGUUUUUCUACAAGACCUGGCGAAACGGUACAACAUGGUCAUCAUUUCGUCAAUUCUAGAGCGAGACGAAGAUCAUGGUGAUACCAUUUGGAACACAUGCGUUGUUAUUUCAAAUACUGGUAACGUUAUGGGCAAGAGUCGUAAGAAUCACAUUCCACGCGUGGGUGAUUUCAAUGAGUCUACAUACUACAUGGAAGGGAAUUUAGGACAUCCAGUCUUUGAAACUCAAUUUGGCAAAAUUGCUAUUAAUAUCUGCUACGGGAGACAUCAUCCACAAAACUGGAUGAUGUAUGGAAUUAACGGAGCAGAAAUUGUUUUCAACCCAUCAGCAACCGUUGGCGGUCUGAGCGAACCCAUGUGGUCGAUUGAAGCCCGAAAUGCCGCCAUCGCCAACAGCUAUUUUACGUGUGCCAUCAACCGCGUUGGCACGGAAGUGUUUCCCAACGAAUUCUCGUCCGCAGAUGGUCGACCCGCACAUAAAGAUUUUGGACACUUUUAUGGUUCAAGCUAUGUUGCUGCGCCCGAUGGCUCGCGCACACCGAGUUUGUCUCGUGUAAGCGAUGGCCUUCUUGUAGCAGAACUGGAUCUGAAUUUGUGCAGACAAGUAAAGGAUAAAUGGGGAUUCAGGAUGACGCAACGAUUGGAUCUUUACAGCCGUUCCUUGGAACGCGCCAUCCAGCCAGACUUUAAACCACAAAUUGUGCGAGAAAAUAUCACUCACCAAAACUAAUGGUAUGGCAGGAUAUUUUUAAAGGGUAGUGAUAUCGAGCUUACAACGUGGGACCAAAAAUUGUGUUAAUCGCACAGUUAGCGGUAUAUCAAGAUGAUAUCUUCGUCAGUGCCAUGAGCUUGUCUUGUUCUCUCAAAGGAAGAAAAUGUUAGGCAGCACAGUUCUGUAGUAAUGAAAAAUUUAGAGGUGAUAUUACGGCAACUUGUUAUAAAAGGAGAUCUUAUGCUGUUAAAAAGUACUAUACCGCUUUUGACUGCUGGAUCUCUGUAGUAUAUGAGCUUUUUCUUAGUGUCAAAUCCACAAAUGACUAUGUAGUGACCUAAAAUGCAGUAAGAAUAUAAAUACAGAAAACUUUAUUGAA